GUUGCAUUCCUUUCAUUCUGAAAAGUUUGUAAUUUUGCUACUUGCUACAAAUGCCGAUAAUUUUCAGUGCCGUGUUUUUGACAAGUUUCAGUUUAGUUCUAUGUGAAAAAUAUUUGUUAUAAGUUAUAACAUAAUUGACCUAAAAUAUAAGGUGCUAAUUAAGCGAGCUACUUGUAAAGCUUUUCAAAAUCUGGAACCGAAAUCUAUCGUUACCCAGUAGUCGUUACGAAAUUUUGCAAAAUGACUUCAGCACUUUAUUUAGAGCACUAUCUGGACAGUCUUCAACAUCUGCCGAUAGAAUUACAGAGAAAUUUCAAGUUAAUGCGAGACCUCGAUGAUAGGGCACACGGGUUAAUGAGGACAAUUGAUCUUAUGGCAGACGAACUAUUGCCCAAUAUCCCGAAAAUGGACGAGGAAAUGAAGAAAGACAAGGUUAAUACCAUACAGGGCCUGUUUAACAAGGCCAAGGAAUACGGCGAUGAUAAAGUGCAGCUCGCAAUACAGACUUACGAGUUGGUGGACAAACACAUACGGCGCCUUGACUCUGACCUUGCUCGCUUCGAAUCGGAAAUUCAAGAGAAAGUGAUGAGCGCCCGAGCUGCGCAGCAAGCUGCCGCAGACCAGGAGCCAAAUACUACCACCGUUAAGAAAGGAAGGAAGAAGCAUAAGGGUAGUGAGAAGGCAGCUGCUACCACUGGUAAGAAGAAGCGCGUUGGAGCUUCCAGCGAGGACGAUGCGGUCGCGUCGGGCCGAUCCGCAGCCAAGAAGAAGGCGCAGCGCAAAGGUGCAACUACAACAGCCAGUGCUGUCAAGGAACAAGAAGAAAAUGCAGAUUUGGACUCAGUUGCUGGCAUGGCUCAUCCCAGUGACGUUCUCGAUAUGCCAGUCGACCCUAACGAGCCCACUUACUGCCUCUGCCACCAAGUUUCAUAUGGAGAAAUGAUAGGUUGUGACAACCCUGACUGUCCCAUUGAGUGGUUCCACUUUGCCUGUGUAGAUCUUAAGAUUAAGCCCAAAGGCAAGUGGUAUUGUCCUAAGUGUACUCAGGACCGCAAGAAAAAAUGAUCCGCGGUGAAAACUCCAGUCAAGCCCACUGACAAGACUGUACCGGUAAAGAAAGAAGUUAAGUAACUUCAGUCUUUAUUACCAAAAACUAUGUGUGAAAAAUUAGAUAGUAAAUGAAUUUAUAGUAAUAUAAAAGAUGUUAAAACUCUUAUAGUAACUGUAUUUAGUUUUAUAUAAUUUGUGGUAACUGUAUUUAGUUUUAUAUAAUUUAAAAUAUGAAAGCCCAUUUUGACUUCAUAUAAAUUGUUGUAGUCUUUAUUUCUUAUUUGAAAAUGAGCUAGUAAUCAUUUAAUGUAUACAAGACUAACAUGAAUUAAUGAUGCUUUUUUGUGGGGUAUUUUUUUUACACACAAGCUGUAUUAAAUCAGAUAAUAGAUAAUAAUGAAUAGAUAUUUUAUGUAGUAAUAUUGCACAACAUUCAAUGUGAAUGAUAAUAACAGUUUGAAGAUGAUUGAGAGUAAAAUUAGAUAUCAAUUAUGUACUAACAAAUAAAUAAGUCUCUGGUACCCAUUUUUAAGAAGAUUGAACACUUAAUUUUUUGCUUGCUUUCAUAUGUUUGGCAAGGCUAUAUGGGUUCCAUCUUUUUAUUUGAAUAAUAGAUGUUUCCCAUACAUUACUAUGUUUUGUGAAGUAAAUGGGAUUACCAUUUGUAUUGAGCAUACUAUUUACAGACAUUUUUGAGCCACAAAUAAAUCUUAUUAAACAAUGUAUAAAGAUUUUGUGGAGUUUAGGACAAAGUGUUGUCCAAUGUCCAUAGUGCAAUAGCCAAUAAUAAUGAAAAUUGUUAACUAAAUUUAAGGUACAUGUGCAUGUAAAAAUAUACAAAGCCAUGGUUAUUAAUAUGAAUCAUGAAUUUCAACUUUUUGGGUUCCAUAGCACCUUAUUUUUAUUUGGGUCUCUAAUAAUCAAUCUGUCACAUUACGAAACCAAUUAUUAUAAACUAGUGACCCGCCCCGGCUUAGCACGGGUUAAUAAAUUAUACAACUAAACCUUCAAGAAUCACUAUAUGGAUAGCUGAAAACCGUGUGAAAACCGCAUGAAAAUCCGGUCAGUAGUUUUUGAGUUUAUCGCAAACUUGACACACAAAGACACAGACGCGGCGGGGGACUUUGUUUUGUAAGGUGUGGGGAUUAUGACAUAUAUUUGUUGUACAUGUUUUAACUGUCACAAUAGUACAAAAUCUUCAAAAUAACUGUUGACUUGUUGCUUAUUUGGUGGGUCAACUGGGGCAACAAGAUAAGUUGUUUAAGGGGAUUUAAAUCCAAAGAGGAAAGUCGAUAGGUUACAUAUAAAUAAUUGUUACAUAUGUAAGUUAUAAUAAUGUUUUGAAAUGAAUUGCCGUAGACUAGAAUAAUUUGGUUGCUUUGAUAGUUUAUUACUCUAAUUCUCAUGUUUACUGGGAAUUAAGUCAUGACUACUUGUGUAGAGUUAAAUUAUAAGGAAUCUUAUAGAGCAAUAAAUAUCACUAUGGUGACUAACUUAAGUUUAUGACUGAAUUAUGUGAGUUAUAAUUAUAAUAUAUUACAGGGUGACACAAAAACAAUACAAAAUCAAAACAUGACACCAAUGAUAGAGGAAUAUGAAGAAGCAUGUAAAUUAUUGUAGCCACUUUAAAGUAAACAGUGUUUAAAAAUACUCCCGAGUGUCCUCAUAAUUAUAAUAGGUAAUCAAAUUCUGUCAAUGUGUUCUCAUCCCGUUAACAAACCCGAAACCCUGAUGUAUUACUUUUUUCUGUCACCGAGUAAAGAUUUUGUAUUAUUCUAGAGUCAAUAUUGAUAAGUGAUUUAAUAUAGGCAUUUAUCUAGAUUUCAUAUAGAAUAUAGAACAUCAUGCAUUGUUAAAUAUUCACCAUAUUUUAUGAUUCAUACUUAUUAUAAUUAUAUUAGAAUAUCAAGCAUUGCGUUGAAUAUAGAAAUUAAAGUUAUCACAUCACA